UUGAAUUCCCUGUUGGUUUCUUUUGCUCCUGUACAAACGUUUCGAGGGUAUAAAAAGCAGGACUACAGGACAAAAGCUUAGAAAUAUAUCGACGGCGCCCAUUUCGGAGACCCCCUUCCCCCCUUCCAUUGAAUUGAAUCACGAUGUUGGACGAUGAAGGUGACGAGGCGACCCCUCUGGUGGUGGAUAACGGGUCCGGGAUGUGUAAGGCGGGGUUCGCGGGGGAUGACGCGCCUAGGACCGUGUUCCCAUCUAUAGUUGGCCGGCCGCGGCACCAGGGCGUCAUGGUCGGGAUGGGGCAGAAGGAUGCUUAUGUUGGAGACGAGGCACAGAGCAAAAGGGGAAUUCUUACCCUGAAGUACCCGAUCGAACACGGUAUUGUCACCAACUGGGACGACAUGGAGAAGAUCUGGCACCACACCUUCUACAACGAGCUGCGUGUUGCCCCGGAGGAACAUCCUACCUUACUGACGGAGGCUCCGCUAAACCCUAAAGCAAACAGGGAGAAGAUGACACAGAUAAUGUUCGAACAGUUUAACACCCCGGCCAUGUACAUAGCCAUCCAGGCCGUCCUGUCUCUGUACGCGUCUGGUCGGACCACCGGCCUGGUGCUGGACUCGGGCGACGGGGUCACACACGUGGUGCCGAUCUACGAAGGGUACGCGCUCCCCCACGCCAUCCUCAGACUGGACCUAGCCGGCAGAGAGCUGUCCAACUACCUUGUGAGAGUUAUGUGUGACAGGGGCUAUUCCUUUAUAACCACUGCUGAACGUGAGAUUGUCCGUGACAUCAAGGAGAAGCUGGCGUACGUCGCCCUGGACUUCGAGCAGGAGAUGUUGACGGCAGCAACAUCCACAUCGCUUGAGAAAAGUUACGAGCUACCAGAUGGACAGGUCAUCACCAUUGGCAACGAGAGAUUUCGCUGUGCGGAAGCCCUCUUCCAGCCUUCUUUUCUUGGCAUGGAAUCGGCUGGCAUCCACGAAACCGCCUACAACAGCAUCAUGAAGUGUGACAUUGACAUCCGUAAGGACCUGUACGCCAACACCGUGCUGUCCGGCGGCACCACCAUGUUCCCCGGCAUCGGGGACCGUAUGCAGAAGGAGAUAGUCGCCCUGGCUCCCAGCACCAUGAAGAUCAAGAUCAUCGCUCCUCCCGAGAGGAAGUACUCCGUGUGGAUCGGUGGAUCUAUCUUGUCUUCUCUGUCAACAUUCCAGACCAUGUGGAUUACAAAACAAGAGUACGACGAGUCUGGACCAGCCAUUGUUCAUCGCAAGUGCUUUUAGAUGCCAAAUUGUAUAAGACUGAAAACAGAUAAAAACUUCAAACACUAAAAGUACAGGAGCGUUUUUUCAAUGGUUAUUGAAAACCACAUGUUUAUCAAACCCAUUUCUGGAGAUCGUUUGUUACUGUCCUAGGGGUAAUUUUGUAUGGUUCUACUUUCCAGGAUGGUUCUACCUCAUUGUAGUGUUAAAAACGAGAAUCCCGGAGUAAAGUUCUUGUAUCACUGCAGCGGUCACAAUUAUAAUCUGCAGUCUAGAACCUUUCCAGUCAUUCUUGUCCCAAAGAAGGUAAUGGGCGGUCACUGUUCAAAACAUCAACUCUUGUAGAUAUGUGUUUCUUGAUAAAGAACCCCAAUAUACAUCGAUUUACCUACUUGAUGAAUGUAUUUACCGUUACCGCUUCAAUUACAUGCAUUGUAUUGAACUUUCUUGCUUUGAUAAUAUGCAUAGGAUGCUUCUAAUCUACAAUAUACUGUAUGCAUAAUUCCGUACAUUCACUUUUUAAGGAAAUUACUUAAAUGAUUCCAUUGUGAGACUGAGCUUUCCAAUUACACAAUAAUCCCGCUGCCCGCUAGGCGGGGCUCUUGUGUUGUGCACAGCCGAUAUUUCCGCUAGGCGAUGCUUCUAUGUUACGAAUAUUACGAAUGUGAUAUUGUUACCGAUGAAUCAAAGAAGAGAUGUAGCAUUUCAAAGUAAAAAGAUAACGCUUUUCAAAUUAAAAAAAAGUUUCGUCAACGA